AAAGCAAUGGGAUGUUGUAGUGUUAAAAUUUUUCAUAUGGGCGUCUUUCAUUAUAGUAUAUGAAAAGAUGAAUAUACGUAUUCAAUUAAUUUUUUCCGCCUUCGUGUUAAUUUAUUUCUUCAGGUUUGUGCAGGUCAGGGAAGAGUUGUAGACUUCGCUGGGUGAAUUACCUAAGGCCAGGUAUCAAGCGAGGGAACUUCAGCAAGGAAGAGGAAGAAACCAUAUUCAAGUUUCAUCAAAUGCUUGGAAAUCGGUGGUCUGCAAUUGCAUCAAGACUGCCAGGAAGAACUGACAAUGCAAUAAAAAAUCACUGGCACACCCAUCUCAAGAAACGAUUAGUGCACAAGCACAGCCCUAUGUCAACUACGAAAUCACAAGAAGUGCUUCCCAUUAUUGUUACUCCUAAAGCGCCUGCAGAGGCUGCAGUAGGCCACUCUGGAAAUUUCCUAGUUUCAACUCAUCAGCAUUAUGCUGCUUCUGCAAUUGGCAGCAAACAACCCAUGAGUACUGAAAAUAUUGGCUUCUCACUCACAUUUGAUGAACACCAUCAAGAUGUAAUGACAGGCCCAUUUAGAGCAGAUCAAGGUUUGUACACAUUGGAGAGUUGUGACCAGAGCACAAGUAGUGUACAUGCUGGGUUUAAGUUACCAGUUCAUCAGGCACGUUUAAAGGAGCCCUUGAACCCAUAUGGCUCUCACAGUGAUGCAGAAUAUGGGUUUUGGUUUAAGCUGUUAAUUGAAGGAGACAUGGCUGGAAUCUAAGUAAAUGGAGAGAAGUGGAUAAAGGAUAUAAUACUUAAGAAGUUUUUUAUUCCACUUGAUUCAAAUGACUCGAGUAUAUGGCUGUUUGUAGGCUUUACAUAAAGCUUAUUAUAUAUAUCUAUAAUAGUUGUAAUUAAUAAUUAAUACAUUUAUUUGAGCGUAUUUAUC